CUAAAAUCCAAUAUGGAAGACACAAGUUGAAACUUGAGAGGUUGUUUACAAUUUUUUCGGACUAGUAGAUGGAUUCCGUAUUGGUUUGAUCAGAUGGCUACCAAAUUUAUGCCCCCUCAGUCAGCCAUGCAGCACAACAGCCAGUUCUACGACAGUGCCUAUCCAGCCUCUAGCUUCCAACAGAGCCAUGAUGGCCCUGGACAGAACGGGCGUGGUUUUGCAUUUCGGAAACGUUAUGAAAAGAUUGACUGGCGGCGUAUUGCCUCAAUUGAUAUUGAUAAUGUUGCAAGGACUUUGGACUUUAAUGCUCUUCAGGAUAACAUAAUGAAUAUCACAUUCUGUAACCUAGAGGGGGAACUGGAUAUUCGAAUGGUUGAUCCAAACUUUAUUAAGAUAUUCAAACUGGCACAACUUUCUAUUGAAUAUUUAUUGCACUCUCAAGAGUACCUUACUUCCAAACUAUCAUCAGUUGAUGGAGCUCUAAAGAAAUCAAAUGAAGAGCAUGAUGAGACAAAAGCGUCCUUGGUCAAGCUAAAGGAGGAACUAGCAGCUGUUAAGAAAGAAAGUCAUAAGAGGAAGAAGCUGCUUAUAGCCCAGCAACAACUUAUACACGCAGGGCCAGGCACAUACAAUAAGUGCCCAUUCUGCUCGAAGGCGUUUUUGAACAGUUCCUUCCUUCAGUCUCACAUCCACCGUCGCCAUGGCGGAGCUUCUCCUAGUGACCAGGCCACACCCUCUAGCAACCAGCAACAGCAAGAGCCUGGCCAGCAGGGGCCCCAACAGUUUAGCACAGCCCUUGAACAUGAGUUUGAGGAGAUCCGGGAGAGAUUACGUCAGACGGAGGGCCAGUUACAGCGUGAGAGAAAAGCGCGCAAAAACCUCGAAAAACAGCCUAAGUUUGCAGAGGCAGUAAAUAACCUUUCCCCUGAGCAGCAGUCUGAUCUUGAGAAGGUCAAGGCCAUGUUUAUGAAGGAGCUACGUGUGGCGAACCAGCGGAGCGAGGAGGCCGAGCAACGUCUAGCCGAGCUGACAGGCGGGGCAAAGAGGUCAAACCUUGGUGACAUGCAGGAUGACACGGAUAACGAGCGGGAAAUGUUACGCCACCAGCGGGAAGAGGUCGCUCAGCUCAGGGAACAGCUACAGGAUCAGAUGCACAAUGUGGAGUCUUCAGUUCAGUCCCAGUUUGAGAGGCAGGACGAGCAGUGGCAGCAGCGUGUGGAUGACAUGAAGAGACAACAUGGUCAGGAACUCAGGAAGUUGAAAGAGGCUCUAAACUAUACCAAACAAGACCUUGCUAGGAAGAAGGCCAGGGGAGAGAAUUCUGGCAUGAUUGAUCAACAACAGCAAGAGGUCGAGAGGCUGAUUAGGAAAGAAGAUGUGAAAUCAAAGUCUGCAAUAACCAAACAUCCAAAACUAGAAAGCUCCCCUCCAAUAGAGAAGAGCUCUUCUGAGGAUAAUAAUUCCUCCAGUGAGGAAGAGCAGGUCAAGCAAACUACAGAACAAGAACAGCUGAUUGAGGAAGAAAUGAGGCGGUCGGAUGCCCAGGCUGCUGCUGAAACACGUGUGUCACGUAUGGAGCCCAGCGACGAUGAGGAUGAGGACACGGAGCUGGGAACUGGCUCUGGUACCCAAUCUAGCUUCCAACGGUCCCAGACAGCAACUGCCAGGUCGGAGCUUACAAUUGGGACCGAGCGAAGUGGUGAAGUUACAUUGAGGACGACACAGUUCCUAGAAAAGCUACGGGCCAAUCCCUCCCUAAAAAUUAUGAGAGACGAGCUUGUAUCCCUCCUUCAGGAAAACCUUGAGAAGAUUGGCAUCGCACCUGGAACAAAGUGCAUUUCAAACGAGAUACUAGCCAGCAAACUUGCCCACCUUAGAACACGCAGACAGCAGCUUGCACAGAAACAUGGUGCCAUCUUUAGUGACCUCCGAGCCCAGUUUGACAACUUUGCAACAGCCCAGGCCCGGGAGAGGCUUAAGGCUCUCAAAAGAUCCCCACCCACUGGACCUUCUCGGCGACCAGUCAGCGGUACCCUGCCGGGCAGUAACCAGUCCAUCCCCACCUCAGGGUUCGGCAGCAGUGGGUCACAGGUCCGGGGCCCCAGCCCUAAACCUCGCCCAGCAGGCCCCACCCAGGGGAUGGCCCAAUCCUCACAGCAGGGGCCUAGAGCUCCUCCCAGGUCACACAGCCCAGUCCAGCGAGGUGCCCCAAGCCCACGGAGAACAGAGAGCCCAUUAAGGAAGAGCGCAGCGUCUAGCGCAGAGUACACAAGCACACAGUGGGACUCAGAAGAAGAUGAGAGCGAGUCAGAUGAGGAAGGACCAGCCUUCACACCUGUUCCGUCCAGGCCUGGAUUCCCCACCCCACAGAGCCGGCAAGCCCAGCCUGCUCCAGCACCUAGAUCACAGCCCAAAACCAUCCAGUCCAAACCCCUACAGGCAGAUGAUGACGAUGAUGAGGAUGACUGGCUGGAAUCGGACAGUGAGCUUGAUAUAGCGCCCCAGAGGCAGCCACCAAUGACUAGGACACCCCAGCCCAAGGGGGCUAAGGUAGCUGAGCUCUCAAAGACUAUUGAGAUGCAGCUUGCUGGUCGUACGGGGGAGAGAAAGCCGGCAGGUGCUGUAGAUACAAUGGGGACAUCUGGACAGAAGAAACCUGUCGAUGAUAUACUGGACUUUAAUUCUGACAGUGACUGGGAUGUGUCACCCGUUGAGGAUGAGGAAGCCCCCAUCCCUGGGAGACGAGCCCGGGCACCGGGAGGGGGUUCCAAAGGGGGUCAGGCAGCCAAGCCCAGGGGUGGGGCACAUGUAGAUGCCUCUGUAUCAUCUAAUACAUACGGGUCCAGUUUGUGGGGGUCUUCAUCUAAAGCCUCCAAUAAAACCUUGUCAUAGUCCUGUGUGGUGGAAGCACAGCGCCAGGUGCCCAAAGGUCAAACAGCAGGAACAGUUUUGUCUCCGUUACGGAUGUCAGUGAAGAGGAGGAUUCUGACCUUGACCUUGAAAAUGUUUAACUUGUUACCAAGGUUACAUCACUACUGUUUCGGAUAUUUUGGAUAGUUUGAACUUUCAACCCAGUAUAUGACUGACCUUGAUAGUUACGAUUUGACCUUGAAAUAUAAAAAUAAAUACUUGUAACUAGUUAUACUUAGGCCAUAAAAAUGGUUACUGUAAUGAUAAUAUUGAAAAAAUCUGGUAACCAUUAUUAUAUAAUGAAUUUGUUAAUGUUGUUUGUUAAUGUAUGUUUGUUAAUGUAUGUUUGUUAAUGUAUGUUUGUUAAUGUAUGUUUGUUAAUGAUUGGUAAUGCUUCAAAAUGAAUUGUGCCUUUUUUAGUUGGAAAAACAAUCAAAUAUCAAAUGUUAAGAUAUGAAUUAUGUUUCCUUCAUUUCUAUUGGUCACUUAAUAGAUAUGGUGUUUGGAAUCGACAUUGAUUUUUAAACACAAACAUGAAUAUAUGUUAUAAAUUAAGCAGUCUAUUUUUAGCUAAGCAUUUUUAUUUAGCAGUUCUUCAAGAUUUUUAAUGUAAGAUAGUGUUGUUGUUUUUAAAGUUGAAUGCAUGUUAUGAUUAAAUUCAUAAAUAUCUGCUUUAAAAAAUCUACAGGUUUAUGCAGCUGUUUGCAAAAUGAAAAGAAGUGUGUUGUAAAUUGUGGAUGUAUAUAUUUAUUUUUGUAGAAAAGUGCAUUAUAAAAAAAUGUGAUAUUUAUACCUGUUUAUGAAUGUUGUUUAAGUAUUGAAUGUUAACUUUUACACUUGAUAAUGAUUUUUUGUUGUGUGCUAUAUUUAUGUUUAUCUUUUAACUUACUAGUUAUUACUGGUAAAGCCAGUAACGGUGAAUCAUUGAAGUACUGGGCCGGUAUUCUUAAAGUAUAUUAAGUCAUUCCCUAACUUAAAUCUUGUUUCUUAGUUAAGUAUCUUACUGGUCAUAUAAUUUAAGAACUAAGUUAUGUCUGAAGUACUUCAUUUUCAGUAAUUCUAUGAAAUAUAUGUACUAAUGUCACACACAUUUUAGAAAAGUUAAGAAAUGACUGUAGAUGUUUUAUGACCCUGUUCUAUUUGUAUAUACAAGUAUGAUUUAUAUACCGGUAGUUGUUAUGGCUUAAACUAUUAUUAAUGUUGUGAAAUUCCAUAACUGUGUCUUAAAGUGUGACUCAUAUAAAAAGUUAAUUGCUUCACACAGACCAAUAAGAGGCAAGCAUUUUGUGCACUCUAUUUUGGUUAUUUGUUCAUGUGACCGAUUCAAUUCAUAUAUUGGGCCAUGAUGCCAUACUUCAUGUACUUCCUACAGGAAUUUCAAGGAUAUACUUUAAGUCAGUUAAAGUUCAUUUAUUACAAAAUAAAACAAGUUAUUCCUACAGUCGAUGUCCCUCCAGUGGACUUAAUUUGUUUAAUUUGUUAUGCAUGAACUAUCACCUAAAGCUAAUAAAGACAUUCUAUGUUUUAACAUUGUCAUGUGUUAACCCAAUAAUGGAGUGGAUGGAAAAAAUUUUAAGCCAAUUAAUUUAAGCAAUAAAAGUAUUUUUAUCAAUGAUUUGUUUAAUGGUCUUAAUGUGAGGCAUUUAGGCUUCAUCUUAUCUUUGUACAGCUUUUUAUAUGUUCUUUAUCUUUUUGUUUCUUGUGAUACGAUUCUUAAGUGUGCUUGUUUUACUCGUAUGUCAGAUAUAAUUGUAUAACUUCUUAUCAUUAAUUUUUAUCUAUUAAAAUUUGCAUGUUGGUUUUUCAAAAGCAUGCUUUACAUUAUAUGAAACAUUUAAUGUUAUACUGACAAAUAAGUCUAGGGUUGAAUUACAGAAACAUUUUCAGAUUGAUUUUAAUAUUUUUACCUAAGUGUAUAUCUUUAAAUUUCUACAUUCUUCUAGAAACUUAUGCAUGUUUUAAUAUUCAGAAUAUUUUUUAAGCAUAGCACUUUCUUCCUGUGGAACAACAAUUGAGGAAAUUCUUGAUUUGAAGACAAAGAUAUAAUUUUAGCUUAAGACGCUUGUGUAAUAUGGCCCCUAUUUCAAACAAAUAUUUAUGAUCUUAUUUUCUUAAUCUUUUUUUUCUGAAGAAACAGGUUGUGAGCAGUUUUUAUAUGUUUUAAUCUUGCGACAGAUACUCAUUCAUUGACCGUUUCACUAAAUUGUGAUAAAUUAUCAGAUAUCUUUCUUAAAGUGUUUGUAUAAACUUUAACUCAUAAAAAAACAGAUACUCAUAUGAUCCUGCCUGCAUCGGCACGAUGCAUUUCAGCUAUUCUGUCCAUAUAUUGAAUCUCUCAUUAUUUCUUUUUUAUGCCAAAGCUUUGUUCUAGUAUAUAAGCCAAAUAUAAUUCAUUUUCAAGUGUAUUUACAAUUGAUAUUUUUUUAAUUAAAUGUGCCAUUAUUUCAGUAAGCAUAGCAAUGAUAAUGAUUCAACUGUAGUGAGUGCCUUUUACUUGCAACGUAAUUAUUUGAAACAGAGUUUAAACUUCAAUGUUUGAAGGAGAAUUAUCAAAAUUUUGAAAUUUGAUUCAUCUUUAUAAAUUAAGAAAUACAUUGCUGCAUCUUGGGUUGUAUUCAAUAAACAACUUAGGUAAAUAUUAUGGUCGUACAUUAUUGAGUUAAUUCACACUAUUGGUCAGUUAAUAAUAACAAAUAAUCUGAUUAGUUACAUCAUUCUUAGAUCCAAUGAAGACCAAUCUUGAAUACCAGCCCAGGGGUGGUAUUCAAUAUUAUGCAACUUAAGUAUAUUUUAUGGUCUUAUAUCAUUGACUCCAUUCACUGAAUAUGUCCGGUAUUUAUAUCAUGCAAUCUGAUUAGCUACAUUGUUCUUAGAUCCAAUAAAGACCAAUCUUGAAUACCAGCCCAGGUUACAUGUAUGUGGUAAAAUUUAAUUUGUUCAUUCAUAUUUGUAUAUGGUUGAUAAGAAGUGUGAGAUUCAUCGCUAUCAUUUUUACUUGUUUGGAUAGUAGUCAAACACAUAGAACAUUAUCAGUGCAUUUUGCUGAUAAAAAUUGGAUAUUACAAAACAAGAGAUGAUGAGUAGUCAUAGUGGCUAGACUUUUUUUCUUUCAAGAGAAAUUAUUAACUUAUUCUCUGAAUAUAUACUGUACCGGGCCUGUUUCAAUAAGAUAUCUUUUAAUAGUUGUAAACCUUACACUGUGUAAUAGAACUCGGGGAGACCUGUAUAAUUAAAGGCAGAAUCUUUACGACAUUUAUUAUGGUUUAUGUCAAGAAUGGGGUUAUGCCUGGUUUACGCCAAGAAUGGGGUUAUGCCUGGAAAUUUACGAUCUUAAGUCUUAUGAUCUUUAUUGAAAUGGUGCCCAGCUGUUUACAUAUCAAUUACUCUCAUAUGCACUCAUUCUUACCGUCCAAUGAUUUCUAAUACUAAUUAUAUCAUUGUAUAUGUUAAACGUUUAACAAUUUUAAAAUAAUGUUGAAUGGUUUAUGAUGAAAUUUUGUUUUAAUGUUUUAUGUACUAUUAUUAAUGUUUAUCAUUGGUACUUAAUAUUUAUGAUAGAAUUACAACUUUUAUGUUAUAUUUAAUAUCAAUUCAUUGUAUACCGGUAUGCUGUAUAUAUUCUUUUUUGUGGUUAGUGCUUUAACUUAAGGCAAGCCAUCCAUCACAAGGUAGCAAAUAUGUGAGUGCAUUUUAGAUAUUGACAUCAAGAUAAAUACUAUGUUUAACUUAAUAAUAUUUUAUUGGAUGAAUGUAAAUACAAUGUAACAAUCAAUACAACAUAAACAGGUUUACAUAGAAUUUGAGACAAAUAGUUAAAAAGGGAUUGGGCAACGAGUUGUACCACUAGUAGUUAUGGCCCACUCCCAAAAUAUCAAAUUAGUUGCCAAGGAAAGAUGUGUUCUUUAAAAGUGAGAGAGUAAUGAAGUAUAUUGCUUAUCUGUUUAUCUAUGUGUAAUUUAUAGUGAUAUCAAACCAUUAUACUAAUUUUGCAGGUAUUACAUUUUAUAGCACCAUACUGAUGCUACUGUAGUGAUAUGAUAUAUGAAAGGGAGGUAAUCAAACAUAAUUUACUAUGAAUGUAUAGCAGCUUGAUUAGUUGGUAAAUAAUGUUAUGCUUAUAUAAAAACUUUUGUUGAAAACUUUGAAAAUAUUUGAAUUUAACAUUUUGUAAUUUUACCAAUAUAUUUAUUUGUAUUAAUGAUGGAUGGCUUACCUGAAAGACAGAUUCUAUUGUUUUAGCUGUGAAGAAUGUCAACAUAUCAAACACUCAUAUAUCCGUCCUGUUUUAUUGUUCCUGUAACGGUAUAGACAGUCCAAUGAACUAUUAUAUAAAUGUAAAGAGAAAGUUAUCUAGCGCCUACGAUUAAGGGGAAAUGGAGCCAUUCUAUCUUUGCCCCUAUCUUGAAGGUCAAGGUCACCACGACCUUCUGAACUAAUAAUGUUAUGCUAUGGAAGCCUUACUGAUAAUAGUAUAUGUCUGGUAUAUAUCCCUUUCAUGAUCGUGUUUUUUAAUUAUUUGUUUAUUCAUCGUUUUGAAAUAGAUAGUUUGAAUGGAAAAGUUACUCAAGGUGAAUUAUCAAUUUCAGAUUUUAAUUCUUUUUUUGACACUUGUUAAGUGAAUUUUCUGGUCUUAAGAUAUAUGGUCGUAGGCUUGUUGAUAAAAUGGCCCCAAUGUUUGUAUGAGCAUUGAGAAGUUUAAUUCACAUUGCCAGUUUGUUAGCAUUUGUUUAUAAAUACUUUUAAUGUUAAAUUGUAGUUUUAUUAUAUUAUCUGAUAGUUGUAGCAUGUUAGAUCGGUGAUGUACAUAUUCUUACCUGAAAAAAGAAAGAAAAUGAACGGAUCUAUA